AGGGCUUCUUUUUCUUUUUUCCCCGAGUCAGAGCUGCAGGCUGGUGGCUGUUUCAAUCAGAGGGAAGGCAGAGAGAGGAAGGGAGGCUCUGCAGGGAGAGAUGUAAGAUGGCAGAGCUACAAAUGUUGUUGGACGAAGAGAUUCCGGCCGGGAAGAGAGCGCUGGUGGAGAGUUACCAAAACCUGACGAGAGUAGCCGACUACUGCGAAAACAAUUAUGUCCAGGCCCAGGACAAGAGGAAAGCCCUGGAGGAGACCAAAGCCUACACCACCCAGUCCCUGGCCAGCGUGGCCUACCAGAUCAAUGCCUUAGCCAACAACGUCCUGCAGCUGCUGGACAUCCAGGCCUCGCAGCUGCGCCGCAUGGAGUCCUCCAUCAACCACAUCUCUCAGACGGUGGACAUACACAAGGAGAAGGUUGCCAGGCGGGAGAUCGGGAUCCUCACCACCAACAAAAACACAGCGAGGACUCAUAAGAUCGUCGCUCCGGCCAACUUGGAGCGGCCCGUCAGGUACAUCAGGAAGCCGAUUGACUACAAUGUCCUGGAUGAUGUUGGCCACGGGGUGAAGUGGCUAAAAGCCAAGCAACAUGGAAACAAUCAGGCCGUCAGAGCGGGAACGCUGUCCAGGACCAAUCCGCCAACACAGAAGCCGCCCAGUCCACCGAUGUCGGGGCGAGGCACGCUUGGACGCAACACGCCGUACAAAACGCUGGAGCCGGUGAAGCCGCCUACGGUCCCCAACGACUACAUGACCAGUCCGGCCCGACAGGGCGGCCAGCAGAACAGCCCCGGACGCACGGCGUCGCUCAACCAGAGGCAACGCACGCACAGUGGAAGCAGCGGGGGAAGCAGCAGCAGGGAGAACAGCGGCAGCAGCAUUCCCAUCGCCGUGCCGACGCCCUCCAUCCCCAACUCUGGACCAGUCCCGUUCGUGCCGGCUCCUCCGGGAGCCCCGCCGCCUCCUCCUCCUCCUCCACCUCUUCCUCCCCCUGGCGUUCCUCCACCUGCUCCUCCCAUGGGUGGGAUGGCCCCGCCUCCUCCUCCACCUCCUCCUCCUUAUCCAGCCGUAGUGGUGGCCUCUGGGCCCGGACUGGGCCCCGCUCCAGUGUCCCAGUUUGGAACCAUCUCGCGGCAGAUUUCGCGGCACAACCCCUCCAACUCCUCUGUCUCUAUGGUUUUGGCCACGGGCACCUACCGCCGGGCGCCUUCGGUCACGUCGCAGUUCUCCCUGCAGCAGCAGCAGCAGCUACAGCUACAGCAGCAGCAACUGCAGCAGCAGCCUCAUAUUAACGGAGGCACUCCUGGCUAUGGCCAAAACUCAAUGUCUGUCGCUCCUCCUCCUCCCCCCAUGCCCCAGCUGACUCCACAGAUACCUCUCACUGGCUUUGUGGCCAGGAUGCAAGAGAGCAUAGCAGACACCCCAACUCCACCGCCGCCGGAUGACCUCCCCAUGUUUGACGAGUCCCCACCGCCACCGCCUCCUCCAGUGGAUUACGAGGACGAAGAAGGCACCGUCCUGAAGUUUGACGACCCGUACGCUGACGGAGACCCGCAAUGGGCCCCCAAGAACUACAUAGAGAAAGUGGUGGCCAUCUACGACUACACCCAGGACAAGGAGGACGAGUUGUCGUUCAUGGAGGGCGCCAUCAUCUACGUGGUGAAGAAGAACGACGACGGCUGGUUCGAGGGCGUCUGCAAUGGCGUCACCGGCCUGUUCCCCGGCAACUACGUGGAGAGCAUCAUGCACUACGCCGAGUGAAGCCACCUGGCAGUAACAAGUCCUAUUUAUUCAGUCAUAUCCUAACCUGGUGACAGACUGAUAGCUGCAGCAGCAGAUGCAUAGAAAUAACCGUAUGAUCCCAAUUUUUUUUUUUAAAGAAUGGCAGAAUGUUUUCUCUUACUGAAUGCAAAUAAUAUAAGUGAUAUCUAUUUAGAUGGUGUGAUAGGGAUGGGUGGGUGGCAUUUAUACAUUUCUCCUGAACAAAGAUGAUCUAAUUAAAGAGUUUUAAGAUGAGCAAAAGAAAGGAAAGGACCUUCAGGCCAAGUAUCGGUUCAGAACAUGGGCUUGUUUUUUUGCAGAAAUCUGUAAAAACGGCGAACGUCAGAGUCGAUCGCUGUUCCUUUGAGCCCAGACAGGAAAACAAACACAAGACGGCUUGAUUUCUAAACACUGUAAAUGAUAUUUUAAAGAAUCAAAGCAUGAAAAUCUGAUGUAAUCUUUUAAGUUUUUUUGCCACUUUGCUUCAAUUAUGUUGUAAAUGUUUCUUUUUUUUUUUUAUUUGACUGUCGAAAUCACUGAAGUUUUUACUCUGAAGCCAAUUUACAAACUUUUCCAUGGGAUUUUUCUCUUUUUUUGUACAUAAUCUUAAAAUAAAGAAAUUGAGUUUUUGUUUUUCAUGAAUUUGAAACUUUUUAUGAAGCAUCAAGACGUUAAGCUCAUUCGAGAUGAGACGGAAACAUCAAGUUUUCACUCAAAUUAGCAGCUGAUUGGGCUAAAGUCCAUUUUUAUGUUGAAUUGUCAUUUCAGUAGCAAAAAUCUCACUAUUUGCAGUCGUUUAACAAUUGAAAAUUCAAACCCAAGCAGUUUAUUUUACAUAUCCUUUUUAGAUAAUGUGCAGCACUGUGAGCCAGAGAUUUGUCGUCUUUUAAAAGUAUUGAAGUAUCUCUGCUUUAUGGUAUUUGCUGGAAACUUUAGGACAAAAGAAGCAAAAUAAUUUCUUUUUUAUACCUACUUUUGAUUUGGGGUGUCCAAAGUGUGGCCAGAGGGCCAUUUGCAGCCCUUUGAAUUAUUCUGUGCGGCCCUUGUCUACAAUUAAAGAAGACAAGAACCGUACAGAAUAUUGAUGGUGAUGCACUUAAAUCCAAUUAAAGUGAGAUUUUCACAAAUCAAAAAUAAAUUAUGCAGACAAAUUAAUAUUAAAAUUAAAAACUUACACAACUAUUCAUCUUUUAAGACCUUUUUUGCUUUCAUUUUAAUUUAAUAGCACAUAACACCACAAACAUCCAGUAAGUUUUACUUCAAAGUAUAAUUAUGCCAAAUAAGAUGGUUUUUUUUAAGGAUGUGACUCAUCACGUUCUUGUAGCCUAAAAUACAGUUAAAAUCAUUUUCUGAGACUUUCUGCAUAAAAAUCAGGUAGUAUUUUUCAUUAAGAUAUUGUGAAAUUUGUUUUUUUUACAAUAGAAACAAUCAUGACUUGAUUUAAAUCAAUUAAUUUAGUAAUCGAUUAAUCGUGAACUGGAACACACAACUAAAGAUCACUUGCUGAGAGAACACAGCAGUAAUUAAGCCGAAAGUAUAAACAUAAAAGCAUUUUGCAUUUAGGAAUAAAAUGUUUGGAAAUAUGUUCUCAGAACUCACGUGGCAUAGUUUUAGCUUUGCUGGGUUCAAAUUCUGUCAAAAAUCCAGCGCUAUCUAGUUAAUUGGUUAUUCAAAGUAUUUGUCAACAGAUUAGCCCUACAUCUUAUUAAUGUUAAGUCAAGCAGAAAGGGCUGAGUAAAUCAAAGUAUAUUUUAAAUUGCAGAUUAAUAAUUUGCUACAAAUGAUCAAGCAUUCAUUAGAGGAAUGAUAAUAUUUAGGGAAUGUUAAAUUAUUCAUUGGCAUCUCACUGAAUUUCUUAAUUUAUAUAUUCUUUUAAAAAGGAUUAAGUGGCUAAAUGAAAAGCCUGCAGAAUGUGCUAAUUUUUUAUCCAAUUGUCAGAAUAUCCAAGUACUAAAACAAUUAGUUGAAGCCCUAAUUCUUCUAAAAUAAGAUUUGAGUGGAUACAAAAUGCUUCUUAUAUUUCUUUCUGCAUUUGCUUCAAAGCUGCAUGUUUUCUCACCGGGCACUCUGGCUUCUUCCCCGUUUUAUAAUAAAAUGUAGCAGCCACGCUUUCCUCCAUCUCGAAUCAGCCUGCCGUCGCUGCUGGAUUCAGGCUAAUCUGCAGCGGCUCCAUCCGACACUGCCUUUAGACAAUUCACUCAAUAAUCCAGGCCGAACAACAUAUACCUCCUCGGCCUCCUCUCAAUAAAACCCGACAUCAGGCGUCACUCAGGAAUCAUCUUGUCGGAUCGUCGCAGCCUUCUUUUUAUUUUCCAAAUUUAUGAGUCCAAGUACUGAAUCUGCUCAUUUGUAGAUAUAUGUUGAUUGAGAAAUUAAUGUACAGUCUUUUAUAAUAAACGAUUAUACAUA